GAAACCGCCUCUCUGCUCCCAUCAAACAGUACUACUAGUCCAUGAACUGAUGAUGCAUGAGGGUAGGGGGGACUCACUUGUUUGAGAGGACCUCAAAGCCCUUAAAGGUACUGGUGAAGGGAUUGACCACCAAGGCACAUACAUGUACAAGGGCUAUUCUUGUCAUUUCACCUACCCAAUUCGUUGGUUGAAACUCUAUUUAACGAUUUAUGAUUCGCAAGAAGCCACCAACCCAAUUUAGUUGAGCCAAAAAAUUUGAAUCUUUCUCAAUCGAUCCUGAAACUAAGACGAUUUUUUAUUUGGGCCAUGGCGGGGAAGCUUAUGCAUGCAUGCGUCUAUGACGGUUCUGUCACUGGAGUGGUCGGUUUGAAGCACGUCCAAGUUCCAGUUCCUACUCCAAGUAAAGAUGAAGUCCUGAUAAAGUUGGAAGCCACGAGCUUAAAUCCUUUUGAUUGGAAAGCUUACAAGCUCAAAGCCCUUCUGCGUCCUCUUCUUGCUCGCAAUUCUCCAUUGAUUCCCGGUACUGAUGUGGCUGGAGAAGUGGUGGAGGUUGGAUCCGGAGUCAAAAAGUUCAAACCUGGCGACAAAGUUGUCGCCAUCCUAAGACUUAUACCAGGAGGUGGGUUGUCGGAGUACGGUGUGGCUAACGAAAAACUGACAGUUUCCAGGCCUCCAGAAGUGUCAGCUGCUGACGGUGCAGGCCUGCCCAUUGCAGGCCUUACAGCCCACAUGGCACUCACCCAAUAUGCUGGUCUCAACCUCGACGGCAGCGGCCCUCAGAAGAACAUCCUCGUCACCGCCGCUUCAGGCGGAGUGGGUCAAUACGCUGUUCAGCUAGCAAAACUGGGAGGCGCCCAUGUAACAGCCACAUGUGGAGCACGAAACGUUGACCUAGUCAAAAGCCUCGGAGCCGAUGAGGUUCUUGAUUACAGGACCCCAGACGGGGCAGCUCUUAGGAGCCCGUCAGGCAGGAAAUACGAUGCUGUUGUUCAUUGUACGACAGGCGUUUCGUGGUCCGUUUUCGAGCCGAAUUUGAGUGAGAAUGGUGUUAUGAUUGAUCUCACUCCAGGGGCUGCUGCUAUGUGGACUUGUAUUGUCAAAAAUGUUACCUGUUCCGGGAAGAGGUUGGCACCCCUGAUGCUGAUUCCUAAAGAUGAUCGUAAUUUAGUAUGUCUUGUUGAGUUGGUGAAGGAAAGGAAGCUUAAGACAAUUAUUGACUCCAGACAUCGUUUAGGCAGAGCUGAGGAGGCAUGGCGUAAGUGCAUUGAUGGGCAUGCAACUGGGAAGAUCAUUGUCGAACAGUAACAAAAUUUUUAUUCCAAUCAGAUUUAAAUUUUUCGUUUACAAUGUAACAUGUAAGAUUCAAUAUCAUCUAGCUAUAGCAAUGUCUAUGAGUGUAAGAUUCAAGAAAGUUAAUAAAAAUUAUGAUUGGAGAUUUAUUACAAA